AUGGCUCAACGGAGAACUGUAGAGGCGAUCCAGUCUCGACCGUCUACCCCCCAGCCUCAAGACUCCAGUCUGAGCGAGCCGCACCCCGACCAGUCGGCCCAGGACGAAGGGAAGCAUCGACAUCAUCUACAACAAAAGCUCCGAUCGCCUGCACCCCAACCUGAUCAAGAAAAACCACAACCACUUCCAGGUCCCUCACCUUCAGCGUCACCAGCACCGGCACUACUAGUACCACAACCCUCCUCCGCCGGAUCAGCACAGGCACAGACAUUGUCAUCCACUCCAGGGACAGCCACAACAGCUACAUCAACAGCAACAACAACAUCAACAACAUCUACUCCGGAUCUACAGCAACCAAGCAAAGACGCGAGCUCGGCUACCACUUGCACGCCUCCGGUUGAGAUAGUCGAAACAGGGGCUGGACAGAGCAUCACCACCAGCACUCACCAAGAUCCCCGCGCGCCCUCGGAAACCGCUCCUCCUUUGGCCGAUACGGUCUCCGGGCAGCACCAGCAGUAUAACCAGCAACAGAUCGGAGCACCGCACAACGGCAGUGCACCCCGUGUUCUAGUGCCCACGCCCAUGUCCCAUCCGCAACAACCACCUAGCCCACCUACUCCUCGCCAGACACCGACCAUGAACUAUCCCGCCCCGUCUCCGUAUCCGCCUGCGGGCAUGCCCCCGGGUGCGCAGUACGCCUACGGAGCGCAAGCGGUUGCCCAUGUUGACCCCUACCGAACGAACCAGACGGCGCUCCCGAGCAUGCGGACGUUCGACCAUGUACAGCAACAACACCCUCAACACCAGAUGCCCCUACCGAACCAUAUGACGGUCUCGAUGGCCCCAAAUCAGAUGAGCUACUACGCGCCGAUGCACCCAGCAUACCAGAUGCAUCCGGGACAGAGCGUGGUACACUAUGCCUUGACAGGCCUCACGCCGGAUCCGCGCAUCGCUCUGAGCGGAGGAAGGCACAAGAAGGAGAUCAAGCGCCGAACCAAGACGGGGUGCCUAACGUGCCGCAAGCGCAGGAUAAAGUGCGACGAAGCCCAUCCCGCCUGCAACAAUUGCAAAAAAUCGAAGCGUGAUUGUUUGGGAUACGACCCCAUCUUCAAGCAGCAACAGCAGCAACAACAGCAACAACACCAGCAGAAUCUUACUGCCCAGUCGACUCCCAAGUCUCAACACUCUGCUCCCGCUUCUCUCACGUCUACUCCGACUGUUCCAUCUUCCAGCGUCCCUCCAAGCCCAUACCAGUCACAGGCUCAACCUUACCAGCAGCAGUCUCCGCCGCCUCAUCACUAUCACCAGCAGUCACAGCAACACCUCCCUGCUUACCAACACCAACCACACCCUACCUCGUACCCCCCAUCUCAUUCCUCCAACACACCCUACGAGUCUCCAGUGUCGUCCACUUCCCCGGGGUUCGAUUACGGAAGUGCCAUUGACCCGGCCCUCUCAGGCACCGACACGCCAAGCGCUUCCGGAACGCCUACACCAAACUCGCAGCUGGCUAGGCCUGACGACAGGAAUUUUGGGACUAAAACGGUGGAUGAUCUUAUUGCGCUGGGGGGCGCAGAACCUCCUAUUAUGAACUCUCCGCCAUCACAGGCCGUCAUCCAGGAGAUCAAAAAACUGUAUGGAGAGAUAUACGUUACGGGGCUAUCGUAUUUCUUUGAGACGCAGUGGUACGAUUUGAAAUACGACAGGGGCAUCCUGGCGCACCAUUCCAUCCAAGUCCUACUUAAUAACCAGCCAUUGAUGGGUCUUUUUGGUUCCUUUGUCGAACACAUCUCCCAGCCCCGGGCGGACCACAAGUACGCUUCCCAGCUGGAGGAGUGUAUCGUCUGGGGGUUAGCAAAGCUACCCCUCUGUACUAGAGGUAGAGGCAACAACUCCACGUUGACGGAGAAUCCGCUUUGUAAUCCUAUGGUGCUCGGGGAUCUCAACACCUCACGGCGCAAUGAGCUUGAGUUCUGGUGGUAUCUGGCUGAGUUGGCCAUUAGAAAGCCCAACCGUGACCUCCAGAACCUGCGACGCCUACUGGACGGUCAGGAGAACCGUGAUUUCCUGUAUAGCCUCGCCGUGCUUCGCGAAUAUUCGCAUCAUUGGAAUCCUGCCAACAUCGAGCAACAGUUGCCGUCGCAGUUGGCCGAGUCGGACCCGCGCUGCAGGCUUGCGGUGGCGGCCAGGUUUAUUCGCACCGCCAUGGAAGAGGGAACCACGAACGUGGUGAGGCGGUUUGCUCAGCUUGCGUAUCGUGCGUACGUUCAUCCGGGAGCCAGUUUGCCCGCGAACGCGGCUUGGCGCUACGAACAGGAAAGCGAUUAA